GUGUGUGCGCGCGCGCGCGGAGGAUGGAGGCGGCGCUGUCGGCCAUGUCUCUUCUCCUCAGCGACGCCCGGCCCGCCGCCGUCGCGCCCAUGGACGGGCCGCGGCCGAGCCCCGGAGACCCGGCGGGCGGGGAGCGCGGGGCGGCCGGGGCGGCCGGGGCGGCCGAGGCGGCCGAGGCCCUCGGGGAGGCGGCGGCCCAGGGGCAGGGGAAUGGCGAUAAAGGCUUUGAGAAUGUAGAACUUGGCAUUCUAGGAAAAAAGAAGAAGGUCCCAAGGAGGGUCAUUCACUUUGCCAGUGGAGAAACAAUGGAAGAAUAUAGCACAGAUGAAGACGAAAUUGAUGGGAAGGAGAAAAAAGACCUUUUACCAGCUGUUGAUCCGGCAAAGCUUACCUGGGGUCCGUUUUUGUGGUUUUACAUGCUGCGUGCGGCCACGUCGACCCUCUCAGUGUGCGACUUCCUCGGAGAGAAGAUUGCAUCUGUUUUGGGCAUCAGCACCCCAAAAUACCAAUAUGCCAUUGACGAGUAUUACCGCAUGAAGAAGGAGGAAGAGGAGGAAGAGGAAGAGAACAGAAUGUCGGAAGAAGCAGAGAGACAAUAUCAAGAGCAACAGGACAAGUCACAGGCCGAGAUGGUUCACAAAGAGCAGCCAGAGGCAAUGUCAUCCAGUUCAUUUGUGAACUUCAAUUUUGAAAUGGAGGGAGAUGGUGACUUAGCUGCAAAAGACAAAAGAGAUCCUGCACAGUCCGAUUUAGCGUGAAGCGACGCCCCUCCCCACGAUUGGUUUUUAAACUAGGGAUGUUUUUACUCUGCUUCUUCGAUGGAGUGAGCAGAUUAUGUUGAGAACUUUUUUUGUCAGAAGAGGAGUAAGAGCUUCAAGCCUCUGUCUCUGCUUAGAGAUCAAGACCUGAAAUUGGAAUUUGUGCUAUCUUUGGAUUCCUGUCAGAGUAGGUUUGGAUUGUGCCUAAAUGCAUCUUACAACACAGUAGACUAGAGUUUUAAUCCCACUCGAUGGAAGAGCAGUAAAAAUGUCUCUAGUCUUGUCAGUGUCUUGUGGUUGUGUUGACCCUUGUGGGUUUCAAAACCUCUGAAAUGCUGUUUUCUAUUUAUACAGUGCUCCUUCCGGGCAAGUAGCUACCAGGGGCUAUGAACAACUGUUUCCAUAAUCUCCCAUGGCGAACGAGGAAUCUUUGUCCAUAAUUUGUGUAACUUAUUAUCCCAUCCCUUGUAUUUAUAUUUAAUCUGCAGCUUCAUAGUAAGAGGGCCUGCCUCUGUCCUCGUCCCAUUUCAUCUGUUGUAUAGGAAAGCAGUGCUUGAAGGGAGAGUUGACUUGUUUAGCAGAGAACACUUCUCUCUUAUAAGAGGCUUCAAUAGACAGGAUCUCUCCUCCACUAGAGUAGUGAUUAUUAUUGCAUUUAAAUGGCAAGGGGAGUAACAUUUUGACUCAUUUCUAUUUACAAAACUAGCUCCUGUUAAUCUCAAUAAUGGUAUCACCUGCUAAGUGCUAACACCUACUCAUUAUGCAAAAUGGGCUGAAGUUAUUUAAGGAGCUAAGCCAAAAGCAUUAUAAGGAAUUCUGUAAUGAUACCUUAACUCUGAACUACUAAUAGGUAAGCGGUAAUUUGGGGCCAUGGGUCACUGGGUCAUGCUGCUUUUGAGUCUGGGGCAAAGCCAUAUGCCAGUUUGAAGACUGCCUCCACUAAAGAACUGAUUUAAAAAGCAAGGGUGUUGGUAUGGGACCCCAUUAAACAAAUGCAACCCUUCAGUUUUAGUGCUAAAUAAGCAGGUGCAAAUCACGGGCAUUUUCAGGAAAAACUGUUGCUCUUGAAUCAUUUGGAAAUCAUCCCUGGAUAAGGAGCAUCAGUUGACCUUGAUCCUUCAAUCUCGGCCCAGUUGGACAGUUGCAGUCUGUUUCCUCCCUGAGAAAAUGUUUAGUGUGCACCUGCAGCUUAGCCCAAGGGUGAGAGCAAACACCCUUUAUUUCCUGCUCAAAGGGAUUAUAAUUGCAGGUCACAAGACGACUUCCUUUUUCACUUGAUAGCCAUUUAAGAGGCUUGCCCUGUCAUCUGCAUUGUCCAUUGUUAACCGAUCCUAAUAGCACACCAAACUUGCUAAACCGCAGUAGUUUGGGACUGGCUCCCAACGGGCCAAUGCCUCCAUUCUAAUACUUGGUGGAAAAUGGGAAGGUGAAAAGGGCAACGGGGGAAGGUCUCAAGUGUGAGGUGGGACAGUUUUUUCUCAUGGCUCCUAAAAAACAGAGCGGGUGAAUUAAUCCUUGUGUUAUCAGAUUUUAAGACUCUUCUCAACUUCAAGGUUCUCUUUUUCUGCACUUGCUUAACCGUGACCAGUCCUAUCAGGAGAACAUUCUUUGUUUACAAAUCUGAAUACUCACCGUGCCUUAAUUAUAACAAUCUUUUUGUUUUUGCAACUUUUAUUAAGAUGGUUAGAUUAAUUUCCUGUAAAUGCAUUAAAUGGUUUGUUUUGUACUUAA